GAAAAAACCACCUCCCCUUGCUUCAUCAUCUAUCUAUCCGUUAAAACCAGAAGAAUGUCGCAGGCACAAUACAGUUCAUUCUCCAUCUUCCCCUUUCUUCACCCUCUCAAACCAUCAUUUUCACCCUCUAAUCUCUCCGUCUAUAGACGCAUCAAGCCUCUACGUCCUGCGCGAGCCCAAAAUAUUCGACCGGCGCCGCCGGAACCAUGGCUGGCAGAUGCUCAGGACGAGCCCACCACGCCUACUGUAAACGCCCCGGCACCACUUCUUUCAGAGGAAGGGCCUAUCGAGCUCCCGUCUUCAACUCCCUCUAUUUUUGCAUCCUCAGACGACCCUAAUCCCAUCCAAUCCGCCGCCAGUCUCCUCCUCACUGGCUCCCUCUCCGUCUUCCUCUUCAGGUUUCUCCGCCGCCGUGCCAUGCGUGCUAAAGAAAUGGUCGAGCCAGCUUUUCUUCCCUUUUAACUUUAUGAGCUUCUGGAUUUUGAUUUCAGAGUUUUGAACCUUACGCAUUGAUCACAUCUUGUUGGGAUUAGAGACUUAGGUCAUCCGGGGUGAAGAAAAUAUCAAAAGAUGAUGCAAUUGAGAGUCUGAAAGCAAUUACGCCAACACCUGUUGAUCCGCAGGCUUCACCCCGUGAAGCAAUCGUGGGUGGUUUGAUUGCAGGCGUUGUUGCGCUAAUCCUAUACAAAUUCACUACAACUAUUGAGUCAUCUCUCAGUCAGCAACCGCUCUCGGACAAUUACUCGGCUCGUCAGAUAACAAUAACGAUAAGAACAAUCAUUAACGGCUUGUGUUACCUUGCAACGUUUGUGUUCGGCAUGAACUCCAUCGGAUUGUUCCUCUACUCUGUGAAUCUUGCCUUGAACUCGCUGUCUGGAGAUUCUACUACAAGUCAAGACACAAAAAAAGAAAGAGAUGAACAGCUGAGUUCUGAUACUCUUGUAAAUAGAAGUGAGGGCAACAUGAGUAGAGAUGAUAUAGCUUCAGAUAGUACAAAUUAGUUUUAGGAAAACGAUAGGAGCAAGGAGGGCUUAGGAAAUGGUUCAGGGAAUUGUAAAAUUAUCUCAUAUCUACUUUCACUUGGAGACAAGUUAGAGACAGUUUUGCCAUUCCUUGAACGUUUUCCUAGCGCUCUCCCUGUGUAUAUCAUUAUCUUUAAUUUGAAGGUAUUAAGAAAAAACGGAACAGAUUCAGUUCCUGAUUUUGUAUGUUUUAGGAGGAACAAUGCAAUACAAGUAGGUGAUAAUGUGAUAUGCCUCAGCGUAUUUGGCCUCUUGGAGCUUUUCUACAAAAAACAUACAAAGCAGAUUGGCUUUCCUCCAAUAAUCACAGAUUAAAGACAGACCUCUUAAUUGUUA